UCUCAACAACAUCCUCUUCGGCUCUAGUCAUGGCACACUACGAUCAACAACAAGCUCCUGCAUAUCCUCGACCAAGCGAGGUAUAUCAACCACCUCAACAAUGCUAUCCAGCAGAAAAGGAGGUGGAAAUGCGUGCUAAUGCUCCGCCACCACCCGUUGGUUAUCCCACUAAGGGCGGCACUGAGUACCCCCAACAUGCCCCUCCUCUCCACACGCAAAGCAGAGGUGAUGACUUUUGGAAAGGAUGUUUUGCUGCCUUAUGUUGCUGCUGUGUGUUGGAUAUGUGCUUUUGCUAAUCAAGCACACCCUAGAUGCAUGCCUAAAUCUUGAUAAGGCACUAAGUUUUCUUUUCUCUCUUGAUUUCCCAUCUAGGCUACAUUAAUCAUGC